AUGAACGAUCCACCGUUGCAACGAUUUCGCCUCAAUUUUCAGCAGCUUUCCAUCGCCAGUAUUCUCUUUUUAUUGUUGAGGAUAACUAGCGCACUACCGCCAACACCACAGCGAGAAAUCUUCCAUCGUUCCUACUAUGCGGUACAGCCACCAUAUUGCACUCGGACCCCAAUCGUCACAUCAUCGCCAAGCUUAAGUGCCUCGUCAGCAAUCUCUCGUGAAGUUCAAUAUAUGCAUUUCGAUAUUGGUCUCCAUUCUACAGUAUGCUUUCGACUCGAUGAUGAUUAUGAGCACUCGUUUGUCAACAAAUCUGUGCACUCUUCAUGGUUACACACGUUGCGUUUGGACAAAUUGGAACACCAUCAUCCGGUCACCCAGCAAUACGUGUUCGCUAUUCCUGAAGUGUCUGAGACAUGCAUUUGCGAGUGUUCACCGUCAUCAACUUGCAAUGCGCAAAAUUAUCGCUUCAUCGAGUGUCCACCACAAGAUGUCAAUGAUCAGUCCACCUCAUGUUACCGUACCUAUUUCCCGGACCAAUCGCCGAACGGAUGCUCGUCUGGCUCAAAUCCGAGUCUUUGCUGUGAGCUAAAGUUUCGUCCCUACAAAAAUCAAUCAUACACAGCGGUGAUGAUCGAGCAACCAUCCACGUAUGCCACUUUCCUCUACACUGCCUACGAUUAUGUGAGCGGUCGAUGGGUUGAAAUGGACAAGAGUGUUAUUCGAACGCAGCUUGAUGGCGGAUCACAGGACAAAAUCCUUGACGCAUUGUCCCGUCUCGAGUUAUCCGUCUCAGCCGGUGGUCGAGCGUCGCAUCAGCUGGAAAGGGGAAUGUACUUUGCGCCAACGAAUCGAGGCGGGGAAAUGGAAGGGAUCAGGAGGAUGCCGAUAAAUGAGAUUUCCGAGAGAAAUUAUCAACGCCUCGGCUGGUAUCGUGAGGGGAAGCACGGGCGUUUCGUGGCUGAGAAUGGAGCCGUGCAUUUGGAUGAUGUUCACAAAGCGAAAUCGCUGAACUGCAAGGAUCAAACAUUCAUGAGUCAACUUGAGGCCAACUAUUAUAUGCCGGGGAAUUUCAAUCUCUCGCGUCCACUGGAGCGUCUCCAUCCAUGGAUUGAGAGAGCUCGUUUCUACGAUGGCCGCGCAAGGAGUGUCAUUGUCACGCAUGCCGAGGGGACGAAUCUCAAAAUUGCGUUGAGAGUAACUGGCGGGAAAGAUCAUCAUGUUCUUUUCUUCCACAAUGCCUCAUCAGUUGACGAUUUCUCGGGCAGUAUCAUCGUUGACGCAAGGAGUAAUCGUUAUUUCAACGUCACUCUGCACGAAGCAUCCGGGAAAAUCAACGGCAUCGUGAAAAGUGGCAUUGAGGAGAGAUCAAUCGAUUUGCAUAGUUUCACGACUUAUGUGAACGAUUUGCAAGCGGUGAAUAAAACAUUGAUCAUUCCGUUGCCAGCCGUUGUUGAGGAGGGUGAUCGAAUGAUUUGCGUGAGAGCCGACGAGACACCAGAGGAACGAAGGAUUUGCCAUGUAGUCGCCUAUCAUGAGAAACCGUUAGAGGUCGACAUGGACAGUAACACGUGGCGUGAAGGGACCGGUCAUUGCCCUGAAUGCAAUCGAAUCAAUUUGGACAACGUUAUCGAUUAUCUAAACCCGAUGCGCUGGGUGAAAGGCGUGUCGGAUAUCGGGGAAUUGAUUGUCGUCUUGGGCAAUGUGGUUAUCUACGCGAUCGCACUUUUCCUUCUCUAUCAUCUGAUCACAAAAGUCGUGAUUCCCGUGUGCAAAUGUUGUAAUUGGUGUCUCAAAGCGUUGCCGGGUCAAGAGAAAAGUGAUCAAGUGAAAGAAAAAGGGAAACAGGGGCGUCCACAAGCGAUCACUCAUGUGCACAUCCAGAGAUUGCAUUUGGGAGAACAACAACAACAACAACAACAACAACAACAACAGCAACAGCAACAGCAACAAUUCGCUCAAUCAGAAUGUGCAUGUUCGGAUUGUUCAUCGGAUGGCGGGAAUACCCCGAGAUUCACCUCACCACCGCCAAGAUACGGCACAAGAGAGGCCGGUGUUCAUGUU